AGACACGUCGCCGCAUCAGCUGACAGUUGGUCAAAAAUCGAAGACACUAACUACCACAAGAUAAAAAAUUCAGGAAAAGAUUGUCCCCAUAUCAUGGCUGCGGCAGGUCCAGUGAAUCCCCCUCAGCCAGUCCAUGCCCAUGCCCAACGGGGCCCACCCCCUCUUCGCAAUUUCAGUCCGGAUUUCAACCACUCUGACCCAGAGCGAUGGGUGUGCAUUUAUCCCGCUUACCUGAACGCGUGUAAAAGCCGUCAAGAAGGGCGAAUCCUUGCCAAAAACCAAUGUGUGGAGAACCCGACCUUCAUGGAAAUCCGAGAAGCCUUGGCUAGUAACGGCUGGAAUCACAUUGUUGAACGCAAGAUUUACCCUAGGGAACGCUCCAAGGAAUUUGAGUACUUUGGUCGGAUUCGGAUUCAGCUCAAGAACGAUGAUGGCACGCCCAUGCGAAAGGACUUCCCGGAUCGGGAGAGUGUGCUCAAAUAUCUGGGACAGACCAUUCCUCAACUGAAAUCCAGAUUGAAUAAGCCGCAUGGUACGCCCGCAGAUACGGCACCCGUGCCGCAAAGCUCAGGCGGGGGCAAUAAAAAGGGCAAGAAGAAGAAGUAAACCUCAAGGGCAAGCCCUUUCCAUUUUUUGUUGCUAAUAAAUACCGCUUGUUGUGGCGUGAAA